AUGGCAGAUGAUCGGAAGCGGAUAGCCAUAAUCGGAGCAGGAAUCAGCGGCCUGCUCGCCUGCAAAUACGCCCUCUCAAAGGGUUUCCACCCCACAGUCUUCGAAGCCCAGAACGGCGUCGGAGGGCUCUGGAACAAGACUCUGUCCACCACCAAGCUCCAAACCCCGAGAACAAUCUUCCGAUUCUCCGACUUGCCGUGGCCGGACUCUGUCACCGUCGAGUUCCCAUCUCACGACCAAGUCCUCGGUUACCUCCGAGCCUACGCCCAUCAUUUCGGCCUGUCGAAGCACAUCAAGUUCAACACCAAAGUCCUCAGCAUCAACUACAAGGGAGUUUCGGAGGAAGGGAUGGAGGCGUGGAGCCUCUGUGGAGGGAAAUGGGAAGUGGAAGUUUCGACCGCCGGUGGGAGUUCGGCGAGGAGUGAGGUUUACGAAGCAGAUUUUGUGGUCCUCUGCUUGGGGAAAUACAGCGAUGUGCCGCAUAUUCCCGAGUUCCCUCCUGGGAAAGGACCUGAAGCGUUUCAGGGGAGGGUGAUUCAUUCCAUGGAGUAUUCUGAUUUGGAGGCAGAGGAAGCUAAAGAGUUGGUUAAAGGGAAAAAAGUUGCUGUCGUUGGAUUCCAGAAACAAGCUCUGGAAACCGCCAUGUUGUGCUCUGAAAUUAACGGUGCGAUUGGUUUGCUAACCGGUAAAGAAAAUCCCUGCAGAGUACUGUACAGAACAGAGCACUGGAACAUCCCUGAUUUCCAGGCAUGGAGUUUCCCAUUGGCGAAACUGUACUUCAAUCGGUUUGCAGAGCUAUUGAUUCACAAACCUGGAGAAGGGCUCUUCCUCCGUCUUUUGGCCACCAUUCUUUCUCCAAUCAGAUGGGCGAUCUCCAAGUUUGUGGAAAGCGAUAUCAAGCACAGGCAUCAACUGGCGAAACACGGGAUGGUUCCGAAGCACAGUUUCCUUCAGGCGAUCACGACGUGCCUGGUUUCGACGGUCCCGGAGCAAUUCUACGACAGGGUCGUAGAUGGAAGCAUCGUGUUGAAGAAAGCUCCGAGCUUUAGCUUCUGCGAGGAAGGGAUCGAAGUGGAAGACGAUGAAAAUUCGGUACUGGAGACCGACGUGGUGAUAUUGGCUACCGGUUUCAACGGCGAGAAGAAGCUGCAGGACAUUUUCGGAUCGGAGAGCUUCCGGGAGAUCAUCGCCGGCGAUCCAAACGCCGUCGUUCCUCUUUACAGGGGAUGCAUACCGCCGAGAAUUCCGCAGCUGGCGGUAUUGGGAUACUCGGAGAGUUUCAACAACUUGUUCACGUCGGAGAUGAGGAGCCGAUGGCUGGCGGAGCUUCUGGCCGGGAAGUUUAAGCUGCCGGCGAUCAGGGAGAUGGAAGAGGAUGCGGCGGAGUGGGAUGCGUAUCUGAAGGAAUACGGCGGCGAGUUCUGCAAGAGAUCCUCCGUUAGCGCUAUCCACAUAUGGCACAACGACCAGCUGUGCGUGGAUAUGGGCUGGAAGCCCAGAAGAAAGAAUGGGCUUUGGGCUGAAUUGUUUGAGCCUUACGGCCCAAUGGACUAUGUUUCCCCUUGACCAGUAACUAAUUAUCCCACCUCCUUGCGGCUUGUAGUUCAGCUGUGAAAUCAAUAAAUGUACGAUAGGUGCUUGUUUUAGACUUGAACAAGCCGAUAAUUUA